AGCCCCCCUGGGCUCGCAGCCCCUGGACAAGAGCGUAUCGGGGGUCGCACCUUUUCUGACACAGAAAACGACGUGGCCUGCCAAAACCCAGCGGGGCGCGCCAUGGGGCGCCGCUCGCCGCAUCCCCCGCUCGCGGCCGCCCUCGCUCUGCUGCUGCUGAUCGGGGGCGCGGAGGCGUGGCGGGUUCAGGAGACACUCGAGCUGCACAGGUCAGAAACCAUCAAGGGCUCCCGCCUUGCAGGCGGUCGUGGGGCAAAACAGUCUAGCGUCUUGGCCUUGUCCGCUACGGCGGGGACUGUGGACCCCAUCUUCCUCGGCACCGCUGUCGGGCUUUCGGCGCUCGCCAACAUCGCGAACGUCGUUCUGCAUGCGGUGCGCAUCUCGCGCAUGGAGGGCACGCGCACGGAUCUCGUGACGAUCCAGGAGCAAAUCUUUGCCGAGCGCGCUGACGCUUGCUUUUCGGUGCGAUCCCUUGAGGUGCAGGCCGAUCUGCUCACCCGUGCCAUCGAGGCGUUCGUGGAGUUCACUGGGGCGCAGGUGCCAGAGAAAGUCCACCCUCUGACCAUCUCUGACGGGAAGCUCGGCCGUGAAGGCACAGCCAACGCGACGGCGUCAAAGGCGGUAGCGUCCGACGUGGCACGGAUAUCGAAGUCGCUUCAGGUGGUGAACAGCCACUUGCGGCAUGCAAUGGCGGCAGCGGUGCAGUCCGCGUGCCACUCCGCCGCGAGCGGUGAGAUCGUUAUCCAGGCUAACGUGGACAAGCUGAGCAAGCAGAUUGAGGAGGCGCAGGAGGAGCUCAUGUCCGCAGGCUUCCAUCUCAUCUCCGACCUCACAGGUGGGGUAUUGACCGGCGUGAUUGAUCCCACUAAGGCCUCUGCGGUGUUGGAUGACCUGGAUGCCCAAAUCAAGAGGGGCAACGUGCUCAUGAGUUCCUUAGCGGGCCUCGGGCAGCUUGCUACCAACAAGUGGGAGGUUCCGAGUGGCAUGUCAAGCUUCACAUGGAAGACAAUGAUCAAAGGGAUCGGGACGAUGUGGACGGCGACCACUGCGAUUGCGAUUACUCUGCAGAAUGCCGCAGUUGUCGACAUUGUUGUGCAAUUGAACUUCAUCCUUGAGAGUCUUUACAACCUUGUGACGGGCAAGAGUGCCGAGGGCUUUGAUAUCGCCAUUGAGGUCCUCAGCAUUGUCAAUUCAGCCCUGCGUUUGGUAAACGAUUGCGUGUCGCUCGCAAGUCCUGGCGGCCAGGCGGAUCCUUCUUUGCUGUACGUGACUCUGACAAUCAGCACGCUGUCCUCCAUCGUGAGGCUCGCAAAGACGUCGCUGCAAUUGCAGCAGGAGCAGGGUCAGCAAAGUGAAAUGAUCGCGCAAGCGCAGUCAACGAAGAGGGAUGCAACGCUCUUGCGGAGCUAUGGAACUUGCAAUGCGCUUGGAACGGCCUGGACGCUCUCUGGCACGGCUGGUACCUUCAUGAGGGAGGCGUCGGUUGCAGCUGGUGUAUCUUUGAAAGAUCUUGACGCAGGCCUCCUGACAAAGGUGUAUGAGCGGUAUGCGGAGGAAAGGCCCUCUCUGGCAGCGAAGGUCCUUCGCGAAGCCUUGUCCUUGGGGACGCCAGGGGUCACAAAGGAGCUCAUCCAGAGGGCUGAGGCGCUCGCGGAGGUGGCACCAAUUACAGAUUUCGCGGUCGCCUCAGACAGACAGCAGUUGAAGGCUUUGGGCGCGCUGGGCUUCCAGCCCACAAGCACUGUCUCGCACAAGGCGCGUUUCCUGAUUUGUCGUGGCUGUGGCGAUUCGGUCAUUACAGGCAUGAAGCUUGUCGUUGACGACGAGAUGUACAGGGGGUUGGAGGAACAUUUCAACAACGUCCCGGCACAUUUCGGUGAUCUCCGCAUGCCAAGCGACUCAACGCUCAAUUUCGUUCAGUUGCCCAGACAGGAGGGUUUCUCCAUGAUCGCAUUUGCUAAAGUGCCGCGCACUGCACUCGCAACACAUGCAUUGCCGGUGCUCUUCGAUCUGAGCGAAGAGGUAUUUGCAACGGAGGCACAUAAGUUGGAUGAGGGUGCAGCAGCGACAUUCCGGGAGAAGGCCAUGGCCAUGUUGCAGCGUAACGAGGUCGAGGUGCUCUCAUGGAAAACAGACCAGACGUACGUCAACAAAUACGUGAACAAGUUCAUCAACGGGGGUUAUUGCGAUGCGCAUCCAGCCCACUGGGAGUUUGGAAUAUUGGAUGUCGUAGCAGGCCGUUUUCUCUUGGCAUCCCCUGACGAAGUUAAAGAUGAGGCGCCCCUUCGCAGCUUGGUGCCAGCCGGCCUCUUCCGGCCAGGGCAUUACGUCACAGUGACCAAGGGGUGUGGCUGCAGGAUGGGACGUCUAGGCAAUCCGUAUCGCGCGGGGGCCCUGGGCAACGUGGCCAAGUGGUGGAUGGCGAUCGAAGACGACUUCUCCAGUCUUCAGCUUCAGCGGUGCCAGUGGCGCUACGACGUCUGGAUCUCAGAGAAACCCCUGGUCGACGUGGGCACGGUCGCUGGCGACGGUGACCCAGACCUCGGCUGCACCAUCUCCUACGAGUCCAGGGAGCUCCCCGAGCCAGUGGACGACCUGUCGCAGCUGGUGGAAGUGUCGGGCUACAACCUCGGCACCCACAUCGACUGGCACUGGGAGCAGAACGACCGCUACGGGGUCGGGACCCAGUUCCCAGGCUCCAGGCUCCUCCAUUCGCAGGAGGCCGUGAUCGGCCCCGCGGGGCCCCCGUCGGCGAUCGACGACGACGGGUGCAACUUCACCUACCCGUUCCAGAUCUGGAGGAAGCCUCCCGCGGCACUGGAGCCCUCCGAGCGGGAGGCCGACGACGCGCACCUCUCGGCCAUGGUGGCGGACUUCCGGGGAGAGCCUCGGCUCCGUGCUCUGCUCCGCCCGCUGCGCCUUCGGCGACCUGCAGAGCGUCCCCCAGGCGCUGGAGCGGCUCCUCGGCCUCCCGCGCCCCGCGGCCCCCCUCCGCCCGCGCUUCGUGCCGCACCAGCGCGGCACGAGCAAGCCCUGCGGCCACGUGCAGGAGAUCGAUGCUCAUGCCGCAGGGCUUCCCCGCGGACAGGGCGGGCUUCGUGCGGAGCGGCCUCGGCGAGCCCACCGCGAACGGGUCGAGCGCGGGCGGGCUCCUGGACGUCAUCGAGCGCAUCUACAGAGAGGACUGCGACUUCGAGGCGACGCUGCUGCUGCACCCUGCGCCGUGUGCAGAGGGGCACGUGCCCGACCUCCGCCUCGGCCCCUCGGGGCUCCUGCAGGAGGCCUGCGUGCCUCGGGCGGCGGGCGGCAGCGGGGCGGCCCCGCUCCACCGUUACGCCGUCGCCUGGGACCUGAGCUACCACAGCGGCGACGAGCUGCGGGGGGAAGAGGAGGAUCGGGUCGAGAGCAACCUGACCCGAGCCGGCUUCAGCCGCUGGGGCGAGGCGAUGAUGCUGUCGUCCCCGAGGCUCAACACGGACACCUGGUACUGGAGGCGGAGCCUCCGCCAGCGCAUCUUCGUGCAGCGGGACCCCCGCGUGACCACCGCCUCCGGCGCCGAGGUGUGCCGCGGGUGAGGCCGCCGCGCCCCGGGCAUCGGGGGCGCCCGGAUGCGGAGGUGUCGCUCGGCGAUCAUGGGCCGCUCCUGGCGAA